AUAAGACGUAAUUGGAAUUCCAAGCCCAACUCCAGAGUCUCCAACCCAACGCAAUAAGCUCCCUGUUUUCUAUUCCAUCCUCCCCUGUUCCUCGUCUUCUCCCCGUUCCAUCCGAAAGGGCGAGACACAACGGAAUGGAUCAGCAGGGCCAUCCCACCCCUCCGGUGAUCGGCGUCGCCGCCCCGGUCCCCUACGCCCCCGCGACGGCCGCCGGUGGCCCCUACCAGGCCUACCAGCACCUCUACCACCAGCAGCAACAGCAGCAGCAGCAGAUGCUGCAGAUGUUCUGGGCUGACCAGUACCGCGAGAUCGAGCAGACCACCGACUUCAAAAACCACAGCCUGCCCCUUGCCCGUAUCAAGAAGAUCAUGAAGGCUGACGAGGAUGUGCGCAUGAUCGCCGCCGAGGCCCCUGUCGUCUUUGCCCGAGCCUGCGAGAUGUUCAUCCUGGAGCUCACCCACCGAUCCUGGGCCCAUGCCGAGGAGAACAAGCGCCGCACCCUCCAGAAGAAUGACAUCGCUGCUGCCAUCACCCGCACCGACGUCUUCGACUUCCUCGUCGACAUUGUGCCCAGGGAUGAGGGGAAGGAGGACAUGCCCCGCGCCCUCGGGGCCCCGUCAACCGACCCCCUCUCCUACUACUACGUCCAGCAGUAGCUGCUGCCCGCCAAUCAGAAUUGAAUUAUCACAUAUCCUAUGACAAUUACCAUGAGGCCCUUCCUCGACUAUUCCCAUGUAUUCUACCAGCUGGUGGUCGAUGGUUUGAUCGAAUAAGAAUCAGAAAUUCUUAGAUGAUGCAUCUCCUAGUUUUGAACUGUGUACUGGGUAAACAACUGACUGGAGCAACAAACCCAUGGUAAGGGCAUCACUCCAUCUCCUCCUCAAUAAUUGUAGACUCUCAUCAUACCGGACACAUGACAAUCAUGUUUCUGGACUCUGCAAGUCCCUACACCUAAAAAUUUGCGGACUUCUGCAAUAAUUGUAGACUUUCUCAUCACAUUUGACAAAUGACGAUCUUGUUUCUGGAUGCCGGCUUAA